UCUGGGGUCUGGGCCCAGGGAGGAUGCGGCCUUUGGGAAGUGGGGCGGGGCCUUAUGUGCCAGGGGGCGGGGUCUGGCAUUGGGCAGGGCCUAGUGGAUGCUGGGAGGGGUUUAGUGGGUCCGAGGCUGAGCUCCAUCGAUUUGGGCGGAGCCUGAGGGUCUGGUGUGUGGGUUAAACGGGUCUGGGGCGGGAUUUGAGGGAACCAGUCUUGAUGGACCUGCGCAGGCCUUGAGGGAAAGGGUAGGUCUUAAUGUGUCGGGGCGGAGCCUGAGUGGAUGGGGUGGGGCUGACUUUAUGAAUGGCAGGACUGGAGGAUGGUGGGCGGGGAGAACCCCAAAGGGAUGCUGUGGACCCUGGGACUGCUCUGGCUUGAGAGGUCUGCAGUGGGGCUGGGGAUGAGUUGUCCUUGAAUUAAGUGGUGGGAGGGACUCGUGGCAAGGGUCGGGGCUUACACUUGAGCGUGGGGGCAGAGGGAUGGAUGGAGGAACCGAGAAUUGAAAAAUCUGGAAGGAUGGAUGGAUGGAUGGAUGGAUGGAUGGAUGGAUGAAGAGGAGGAGGGAGGACAGGGUGCGGUAGAAAUAGCACUAGUACGAGUAAGAAGGAGCUACGAUCCUUCAACAAGCAGGGAAAAGUCGAGGGAACAAGUGCAAAGAUCCUGAGGUGGGACCCAGCUUGCCAUUUUCAGGGAAUAGACUGAAGGCCACCGUGGUGGGAGGUGAAGUCGUGAGGGGCAAGGGCAAGCCUAUAGUCCUCCAUAAGAUGGCUUUCAAGAGGCUUUAACUAGGUAAUAGCCAAACUUUUGAACUCUGGAGCCAGUAGACCUGGAUUCAGAUCCCAGCUCUGCCCAGCUAUGGCAUCUUGGGGAAGCCAGUUAACCUUUCUGGCCUCAGUUUCCUCAUCUGGAAGAUGGGGAUACUUUUUAGUAUCCUCCCUCAUAGAGUUUUUCUGAGGAAUAAGUGAGCUUGCAGUAGUGAAGAACUUUAGAACCGUGCCUGUUAUGUGGUAAGCGCUGUGUAAGAAUUGUCUGUGACCGUUGUUACUGUAGCUCUGUUGCUGCGUGUGUCUCUUUGUACCCUUGUAACUGUGAUGGUCUCUUGGCUUCCAUUUUUUUGCCCUGUAUCAUUCUCUCCAUAUGGGUUUCCCUGAUCUUGGCUCCAUCUGCUCAGACUUCCUCUUCAAAUUCCUGGUGAUUGGCAGUGCAGGAACUGGCAAAUCAUGUCUCCUUCAUCAGUUCAUUGAGAAUAAGUUCAAACAGGACUCCAACCACACAAUCGGCGUGGAGUUUGGAUCUCGGGUGGUCAACGUGGGUGGAAAAACUGUGAAGCUCCAGAUUUGGGACACAGCCGGCCAGGAGCGGUUUCGGUCGGUGACGCGGAGUUACUACCGAGGGGCGGCUGGAGCCCUGCUGGUGUACGACAUCACCAGCCGGGAGACGUACAACUCGCUGGCCGCUUGGCUGACGGACGCCCGCACGCUGGCCAGCCCCAACAUCGUGGUCAUCCUCUGUGGCAACAAGAAAGACCUAGACCUGGAGCGCGAGGUCACUUUCCUGGAGGCCUCUCGCUUUGCCCAGGAGAACGAGCUAAUGUUCCUGGAGACUAGUGCCCUCACGGGUGAGAACGUGGAAGAGGCUUUCCUGAAGUGUGCCCGCACCAUCCUGAACAAGAUCGACUCAGGCGAGCUUGACCCCGAGAGGAUGGGCUCGGGCAUUCAGUACGGGGAUGCCUCCCUCCGCCAGCUGCGGCAGCCUCGGAGCGCCCAGGCCGUCACCCCUCAGCCAUGUGGCUGCUGAGACGUGCACGGAGCCAGCUCAUCCGUUCUCCAGGACCAACCCUGCCCUUCGGGCCGGGGCCCAGACCCAGGCCCUGGGAGGCCGAGCCCCUCACCUGUCCUGGCCCCAGAGAAGCUGCCCCGCCACCUGUCCCCCUUCCCUGGCCUGGUGGGGCCUGGCUGAGGGGCAAGACUGAGCCACGGGGGAAGGGGGAAUCCGUACCUGCUGCUGCUUCCUCUGUCUUGGCUAAUCCCCGUCCCCCCAGAACCCCUAACCAUACUCGAAGAGUUCCCAAAGCCUGAGAUCAGGGCAUUCGGCCCCAGCUCCCCGCCAUUGCGAGUACGUGUUAUUUAUUGCCUGGAGGCCUGUCCAGUCCCCACCACCCCAUAAAGCAUUGUUUACACCUGUGU